AUGGCUCCUGGAGCCAGUGUCUGGAAGGUUGGCGCAACGUCUGGGCCGACGAACGGGACCUUCAAUGAGUACAAGGUGAAGUGCACAAUUAAGGAUGAUUCUCACGUCACCGGCACACCAAGAUGCUACUCCGAAGAGUUUGCCAUUGUUGGCAAUGGUAUAUCUAGCCAGGGGCAGCGCGGGAGGUUCUGCGGACCUGGAGACUCGGGAUCUGUAGACUUUGACGCUCGUGGCCAGGCGAUUGGGCUACUGUUCGGUGGGCAGGUGCCGAGACAGACGGCAGGGUAUGGGCUCGCCACGCCCAUCGAGGAUGUGUUUGGAGAUAUCAAGGCUUCCUCAGAAGGGAAGAUUGAGGAUAUCCGCAUUGCGACCUGCUUCUAA